CAUGUUGGAAAGGGGAGAAGGAGGAGGAUGCUGCGCUUUACCCUCGGUGCAUUCUUGCCACCUUUCCGGCCAGCACACACUGCCUCUGACUCAGACUCACCCUCAUCUUUCACUUGUCUCCGACUAAAGGACUUGAGAGAGGAGGUGGAGAGAGAAACGAACAACAAACUGGAGCUCAGGAGUUCUCACUACAGGUUCCCAGACCGAGAAAACGGCAUGAGACAAGAACGGAACAGAAACUACUCCUCCUCUGUGGUGGAAACUACUAACACCUCAGCAGUGACCACCUCCUCUUCUUCAGGUUUCCCUGCCUCUUUUUCAACUCUCUCGGCUCCGAGAUCUAUGUGGCAAGAGGCGAUGAAGAGGAAACAGUAUUUAAUUGACCGUGCAGGGGUGUCUGGUGGAGUGGAUAAAGGAGGAGGCAGUGGGGAGAGGAGGAACAGGUCCCCGGACUGGUUAUAUGAAUCCUACUACUGUAUGAGCCAGCAGCAUCCUCUCAUUGUGUUUUUACUUCUCAUAGUGAUGGGAGCCUGCCUGGCUCUGCUGACUGUGUUUUUUGCUUCAGGGCUGAGCAUCGCAGACCAUGUGGCCUUUGUAAUCACCGUGCCCACAGCACUGGCUAUAUUCCUGACGGUGUUUGUGCUCGUCUGCAUUGAGUCUGUCUUCAAGAAGCUUUUGCGAGUUUUUUCCUUGGUCAUCUGGGCUUGCUUGGUUGCAAUGGGCUACCUUUUCAUGUUUUCUGGUGGAAUCGUAUGUCCAUGGGAUCAGGUAUCCUUCUUCCUGUUCAUUGUGUUUGUGGUUUACACCAUGCUACCGUUCUCCAUGCGGGAAGCCAUCAUCGCCAGCGUCCUGACCUCUGCCUCUCACACCAUUGUGCUGAGCGUCUGCUUGUCCACAACAGCUGAUCACAUGGAGGCAGUAGUUUGGCAGAUUUUAGCCAAUGUUAUUAUUUUUGUUUGUGGGAACAUGGCUGGGGCGUACCACAAGCAUCUGAUGGAGUUGGCACUGAAGCAGACCUACCAAGACACCUGCAACUGCAUCAAGUCCCCUAUUAAGCUGGAGUUUGAAAAGAGACAACAGGAACGUCUUCUUUUGUCUCUACUGCCAGCUCACAUUGCUCGUGUAAUGAAAGCUGAGAUCAUUCAGCGGCUGAAGGGACCAAACUUUGGCCAGAUUGAGAACACAAACAACUUUCACAACCUCUACGUCCAGAGGCACACUAACGUCAGCAUCCUUUAUGCAGAUAUUGUUGGAUUCACACGCCUGGCCAGUGACUGCUCACCAGGAGAACUGGUGCACAUGCUGAAUGAGCUGUUUGGCAAAUUUGAUCAAAUUGCAAAGGAAAAUGAAUGUAUGCGAAUCAAAAUUCUUGGCGACUGUUACUACUGUGUCUCUGGCCUCCCGGAGUCUUUGCCAAACCACGCUAAAAACUGUGUGAAAAUGGGCCUGGACAUGUGUGAAGCUAUCAAAAAAGUACGAGAUGCUACAGGUGUCGACAUCAACAUGCGUGUGGGCGUACAUUCGGGAAAUGUCCUGUGUGGUGUUAUUGGACUACAAAAAUGGCAGUAUGAUGUUUGGUCACAUGACGUUACACUGGCCAAUCAUAUGGAGGCAGGAGGUGUACCAGGGCGCGUUCACAUCACAUCAGUGACGCUGGAACACCUAAAUGGUGCUUAUAAGGUUGAGGAUGGAGAUGGACAAGAGAGAGACCCUUACCUAAAGGAACAUGGUGUCAUCACUUAUCUUGUUAUCAACCCAAAGGUGGAGCGCUGGAGCCCGCAGCAUUAUUAUCGGCCCAGACACACACUGGAUGGAGCUAAAAUGAGAGCCUCAGUCAGGAUGACCCGGUACCUGGAGUCGUGGGGAGCAGCCAAGCCCUUUGCUAACCUGCACCACAGAGACAGCAUGACAAAUGAGAAUGGCAAGAUUAGCACCUCUGACGUGCCGAAGGGGCAGUAUCAUUUCCAGAGGAGAUCGGAAAGGACAAAAUCUCAGAAGAAACGGUUUGAAGAGGAAUUCAAUGAACGGAUGAUCAGGACGUUUGAUGGAAUAAAUUCGCAAAAACAGUGGCUCAAGUCUGAGGACAUUCAAAGAAUAUCACUGUUUUUUCACAACAGAUCCUUGGAGAAAGAGUACAGAGCAACAACCUUGCCUGCCUUUAAAUACUACGUCACCUGCGCUUGUUUGAUCUUCUUCUGCAUUUUUGUCGUGCAGAUCUUGGUUCUGCCAAAAACGGCUGUUUUAGGAAUAUCAUUUGGAAUGGCCUUCCUCAUCCUCUUCUUGAUCAUCUUCAUAUGUUUCAUUGGACACCUAUUGCACUGCAAUAAAAGUGCAUCUACUUCUUGGAUGUGGCUGCUGAGGUCAUCAGUUAUUAUUGCCAACAAGCCUUGGCCUCGCAUCACUCUCACCAUGACAACCACUGCUCUAAUACUCAUAAUGGCAGUCAUCAACAUGUUCUUUUUGGAAGACGACAUAUCACCUCCAGUUUUGCUUUACAACUCCUCUAAUGAAACUCUGCUUUACCCUACUGGGCAGCUCAUACACUUCUCGGGCAAAAACAAUUAUUACCUCCCUUAUUUAAUUUACAGUUGCAUCCUGGGCCUGAUCUCUUGCUCGGUGUUUCUGAGGAUAAACUAUGUGCUGAAGAUGAUUAUAAUGUUGACCGCAGUGGUGAUCUACAACAUUAUUAUUCUACAAACACAUGCCUCUCUGCUGGAUGAAUAUAGCAGAUUCCUGUACAAGACUGAAAGCCUUGACAGACCAGGAGUUCUCAAGGACCUGAAGACCAUGGGCUCUAUCUCUCUCUUCAUCUUCUUCAUCACACUGCUAGUUCUUGCUAGACAGAAUGAAUAUUACUGUAGGUUGGACUUUCUCUGGAAGAACAAGUUUAAGAGAGAAUGUGAGGAAAUAGAAACGAUGGAGAAUCUCAACCGGGUUUUGCUUGAGAACGUCCUGCCUGCACACGUCGCAGAACACUUUUUGGCUCGCAACUGGAAAAAUGAGACAAAACACAGAGAAACUGACAACUUGUGCAACUCAUCCGUUAUCCUGCAGGAUCUGUACCACCAGUCCUAUGACGUGGUGUGCGUCAUGUUUGCCUCUAUCCCAGACUUUAAAGAAUUCUACACUGAAUCUGAUGUCAACAAGGAGGGAUUAGAGUGUCUCAGGCUUCUCAAUGAAAUCAUUGCUGACUUUGAUGAGCUCCUUUCCAAGCCUAAAUUUAGUGGGGUCGAGAAGAUAAAGACCAUCGGCAGCACUUAUAUGGCAGCUACUGGACUGAAUACAUCGUCUGUGACAGAGUACACUACCCAGGAGGAUGACAGACAGUAUAUGCACUUAGGAACUAUGGUGGAGUUUGCAUUUGCCUUGGUGGGGAAGUUGGAUGUCAUCAACAGACACUCAUUCAAUGACUUUAAACUCAGAGUUGGCAUUAACCACGGUCCGGUGAUUGCUGGAGUCAUUGGAGCUCAGAAACCACAGUAUGAUAUCUGGGGAAACACAGUAAAUGUAGCCAGCAGAAUGGAAAGCACUGGAGUCCUGGGGAAAAUACAGGUGACGGACGAGACAAGUCGCGUCCUUCAUAAUCUGGGCUACAUGUGCUCUUGCAGAGGGAUCAUCAAUGUCAAAGGCAAAGGAGAGCUCAAAACCUUCUUUGUGCACACAGAGAUGACGCGCUCACUGUCCCAAGGGAAUAUUAUGCCGUAAGACUGAAUCUUACGGCGGAGGUACAACCAAAAGUCUUUGAUCGGUGACUGAGGAACUGUCUUCGAAGAGCUUUGGUAAUUAAAAACAAGUGCGACUCAGGAAGAAAUCUGACUGACAAGAAGGAAAAACAGAUUUUACCAUCACUUCGCAAAAUAACUAUGCCACAGAUCUAGUAUUCAUUUAGUCCUUUCCGUAACAGUACAUGUUUGUUGGACAGCAAUUAUGUGGGGAAACACUACGAUUAUAAUGCAAUUUGAAUGUCACAGCUGAAACGUAUUCAGACUUAAUGAAAAAGAAAAGUUCCAGACGUUCCGAAUCAGUGAUUGCGUAGCUAUGCGAUGCUUGUUGCAACCCCUGCAUUGAUGCCAGCUGCACCACAGCAAGUCUCACUUUUCAGGGAACGGGACACUCGGGGUUGCAGAAUAACAUGCUUGGAAAACUCCAAAGCACUUUCACAGAAAAUGUAUCAGCAGAAUUUCUAAAGGACCGAUGGCACCACAAACACCGACUUGUCGCUGGUGUUAUGAAUGUAAGUUUGUGCUCCUCAUAGAAGUAUUUUGAAAUACUACAAAUCAAGCUUAAAAAAACAGCAGAAGUCCACUUCAAGGAUGAGGCUUGUCUUUAAACAGAAGGCGGCAACGUGGUUUACAAUGGAUACUUCAGAAAUCUGUUAAAACCACAAAGUCUUGGAUGUAUCCUAAAGACUGUCCAGAAUAUUUUGAAAUAGUCUGCACUCCAAUCAUCUCGUCUGCAUUAUCCGAAGUGUAUUUGUCAACUCCUGCUGAAAGCAGGGGAGUUUGAGGCCAGAUGCAUAACAGUUUGUGAGAAACACAGAAAUUGUACAUUUUCUGUUACUUCCAGGCAGUUGUUGAGAAUAUGCUUAACAGUUGUACAUGUUUCCCCAUCCAGCUGAAUGUAGAUUACAAUUCAAACUGAGAACUAAAGCAUGCAGAAUUUUUGUAACACUGACCAUAUAAAUCUGCCAAAAAAAUUUAUAUUUUGCUGCCACUGUUAAACAUUCAAGUUAAUGUGGCCAAGACGUUGAUCGGCGCAUACUAGUUUUUGAAGUGAAUAAUGGGGAAGAAUGGGCAGAAUGUACCUUUUGAAACCAAACAGGAGAUGUGGAAGUUAACAGUGCUUUUCUGUUUUAAUACACUUUUAUGCUCCUGGCCUCUAUUGCAUAGACCUGAGCCAAACAAACUCAAAGAAUUUCAGAAAAAAUCUAAUUAUUUCAGUGUAAAUAUUUUAGUUUUGAGUAGUUAAAGCCUGAUUUAUGUACAGGAUAGGUUUAGUGUGUAUGGUUGCUUUGUAAGAAAAGAUACAAAAUAUUCUUAAAAAAAGUUUUUUUUUUGUUCGUUUUUGGAUGAUGCCAUUGUUAUUUUUUGUAAAAACCUCAAUAAAGUUUCUAUGUAAUUUAGUUCAUCUAAGCUCUUAAAUUCUUGUAGCCUUCUUAGAUCCUUGACAGGAUUGUACUGCACUUACAUGUAAUGG